UGCUUACCUUGUCGAAUGUGCAUUUCAUCCAUAAUUAAACCUGUGUUGUGUGACUCUCUCCUUCCACUGUCCCCAGGACUCUGGGGCCUGGUCAACAACGCUGGCAUCUCCAUCCCCUCGGGUCCCAAUGAGUGGAUAAAAAAACAGGACUUUGCAAGUGUACUUGAUGUGAACCUGUUGGGCUUGAUCGAGGUGACUCUGAGCAUGCUGCCCUUAGUGAGGAAGGCGAGGGGCCGUGUGGUCAACAUCGCGAGUGCCUUGGGCCGAGUGUCUUUGUGUGGUGGUGGUUACUGCAUCUCCAAGUAUGGUGUAGAGGCCUUCUCAGACUCCCUCAGGAGGGAGCUCUCCUACUUUGGGGUGAAGGUGUCUAUUAUAGAGCCUGGUUUCUUCCUGACCGGUGUGACCAGUAGUGCCAGAUUAUCCUCAAAUACCCAGAUGCUGUGGGACCAGACCAGCUCAGAAAUCAGGGAGAUCUAUGGCGAGAAGUACCUGGCAUCCUAUCUGAAAAACCUAAACAAAUUGGACCAGAAGUGCAACAAGGACCUGACUUUGGUGACAGACUGCAUGGAGCACGCUCUGACUGCCUGCCACCCUCGCACCCGAUACUCAGCUGGCUGGGAUGCUAAGCUCUUCUUCAUCCCCUUGAGCUACCUGCCCACCUUUCUUGUGGAUACCCUUCUCUACUGGACUUCCCUGAAGCCUGAGAAAGCCCUCUGAAGUGUUCACCUAUGC